AUGACAGACCGAUACAACAUCCACAGUCAACUGGAGCACCUCCAGUCUAAGUACAUCGGCACAGGACACGCCGACACCAGCAAAUGGGAAUGGCUGGUGAACCAGCACCGAGACUCUUACUGCUCCUACAUGGGACAUUUUGACCUGCUUAACUACUUCUCCAUCGCUGAGAAUGAGAGCAAAAUCUGGGCAACCCCAGAGAGUUCUGCCAACAUCAAGAGGUAG